AUGAAGGAGGCCGAGGAAGCAAGGGAGAAAGAUAGAACUUCAAAUCGGAGAAAGAAUGAUGAUGACAACAAAGGAAGAUUUCCACGAGCACAAAACUCAGGAAAUAAUUUUGCUAGCGAUGGAGGGAGAAAAAAUGCGGGUCGGAUGAAUUCUCAAAUUCAGGUAUGUCCGAGAUGUAAGAAGAAUCAUGCUGGAGAAUGCUUAGCAGGAAAAGGAGUAUGCUUUAAAUGUGGAAAGCCUGGACAUAUGUUGAAGCAAUGCCCGCAGAAUCGAAGUCAUAAUUCAUCUAACCAACCUACAGCAAGAGGAAGAGUUUUCACUCUUAAUGGUCAGGAAGCAGCUCAAUCUUCAGAUUUGGUUCAAGGUACGGGCCUAAUACAAGAUUCUCUUAUGACUAUAUUGUUCGAUUCUGGAGCUACUCAUUCUUUCAUCUCUCUAUCUUCUGUUUAA